AAAUGGCACUUCCUUGAAAACAUUUCUCUAUACUAUGCUCCUCUCCCUAUCGCCUAUGGCCAAAUAACCUCUUCUGUGCUUCUCUCUCAUCGGCUCUCUCUCUCUCUCUAGAAUGCCAACUCCAUAUUGAUCAGUUCAUUAAUCUCCGGUACGCUUUGUGGUGUCCCGUCUAACUCCAUUGUAGUCGGAAACAAUGGCGGUUCCCGGCGAGAAUCACAGUUCCGGGAAUUCACUCUCUAGUUUUUUCACUUCACGAACUCCUAUUUUAGGUCUUCAGCUCUAUAUCGUGAUUGCCGCUACUGUUAUCAUUAUGGUUGUUGUGCUUUUUCUCAUCUUUCUACUUCUCAGGCUAAAUCAAAGCUCGAAAAGACGUCGCAGUGGAGGUAAGAAGAGUGUCGGGUUGUUACCUUUGGUAGCUGAUGUGAUUCGCGACAGUAGAACAACCGAUCUCAAUGAGAUUGGUAAAGUGAAUCAUUUAUUGAAAAAGGAGAAUGAGACUAUUGCGAUUCUCCGUAAAGAAGAUCAGGAAGUGAUCGAGAUUGAGUCCGAUGGUAUAAAAGGAAGUUCAGGGAGUAAUGAGUCAAGUACGAGCCGGAGUGAUACAUCGUCGGCGAUCUCUGGUUCAACCGAGUCGACGAAUAUUGGCUGGGGCCGUUGGUACAGUUUGAAAGAACUGGAGAUGGCGACCAAAGGAUUUCGUGCCGAGAAUGUGAUCGGUGAAGGUGGAUACGGCGUCGUAUUUCGUGGAGUCUUACAAGAUGGUUCAGUAGUAGCUGUCAAGAAGCUUCUAAACAACAAGGGUCAGGCAGAGAAGGAGUUCAGGGUGGAAGUUGAGGCCAUUGGGAAAGUGAGACACAAAAACCUUGCGGGUCUUCUUGGUUAUUGUUCAGAAGGUGUUCAUAGGAUACUAGUGUAUGAGUACAUUGACAAUGGCAAUUUGGAGCAAUGGCUACACGGUGAUGUAGGGUCUGUUAGUCCUCUAACUUGGGAAAUCAGACUGAGAAUUGCAAUUGGAACUGCUCGAGGACUUGCCUAUUUGCACGAAGGUUUGGAACCCAAAGUUGUGCAUCGUGAUGUUAAAUCAAGCAAUAUUCUGUUGGAUAGGAAGUGGAAUCCAAAAGUAUCAGAUUUUGGACUUGCCAAGCUGCUAGGACCUGAGAAAAGCUAUGUGACUACCCGUGUUAUGGGGACUUUUGGAUAUGUUUCUCCUGACUAUGCCAGUACUGGUAUGCUUAAUGAGGGGAGCGACGUGUACAGCUUUGGUGUUAUGCUCAUGGAGAUAAUUACAGGAAGAAGUCCUGUUGACUAUUCAAGACCGCCUGGGGAGAUGAACUUGGUCGAUUGGUUUAAAGGAAUGGUAUCAAAUCGACGUGGUGAAGAAUUGGUCGACCCAUUAAUUGAAGUCCAUCCUCCUCCUAGAUCCCUAAAGCGGGUUUUGUUGGUCUGCCUUCGCUGCAUAGAUAUGGAUGCCAACAAGCGGCCAAAGAUGGGUCAAAUAGUACAUAUGCUAGAGGCUGAUGAAUUUCCUUUCCGUUCAGAUCCUCGACUAGUCCAGGAAAAAGAUCCUCUAAAUCCACGUUCAGCCGGAACCAAUAGACUUCAACUAGCUACUAAAGACGGUGCAGGUGGUGAUGAACAGAAACCUAGAGGGAGAUGAAGAGUUGUAUACAGGAAUAUUUUAGUAUGUAUAUUCUUUUGAAUCAUUUCCCCUCACUCCCAGUUUAUUGUCUCCUACAGUAUUAAUUUGUGCCCCGAGCUUGUGCCUAUGUAGGCUCUAUAUCUUGGUCAAUUUUUGUAUAUAAACAUAGUUAAACUACUCAGGAAAAACACUUGCAUUAUCUAUCUUAAUUAUUUUACAAACUACUUGGUUUACUUGAGAAA